AUGACAUCACUUCCUAUAUUUCUCCCCCGAGGUGGCAUAAAACGUCUCCAAACGAGAACAAGUUUAAGUACACUGUGUUUAGAUCCUAAUUCCUCGCCUGCUUCGUCACAGAAAGACUGACCAAAAAAUGGAUCUAGCAGCCAUGUUCACUCAAUUGAGCCGGGCGGAUUUACCCAUUAGGGAAUACUCCCGUUUCUUCUGCGCCAUUGCCAGCUUCACAGGUUUUGAGGACUCCCAUCUCAAGGCAAUAUACCGAAUAGGUUUAACCUAUUAUUGGUGGAGGGAAUUGCCUGAGAUGGGAGACUACACAUGGAGGGAAUAUGUGAGGUUAACCCAGGACACUCUGGAAUCUGAGGAUCCUCCUCUCCCUAUGCUGACCCCGGCUUCAGUGGUCUCAAAGCCUGCCACAGCCAACAAGCCAGCACCCAUGCCUGCCAACGCCCACGCCUGCCACGGCCAACGAGCCAAUGCCCACUCCUGCCACGGCCAACGAGCUAGAAGCCUCAUCCAUCCCAGAGCCUGCGUUGCCAGCCUCAUCCAUCCCAGAGCCUGCGUUGCCAGCCUCAUCCGUCCCAGAGCCUGCGUUGCCAGCCUCAUCCGUCCCAGAGCCAGUGUUGCCAGCCUCAUCCGCUAUUCCUCCAGCAGCUCCACCCACUCCCCCAGAGACUAUUCCUCCAGCGGCUCCGCCCACUCCCCCAGAGACUAUUCCUCCUGCGGCCCCGCCUCUCCUCCAGAGACCAUUCUUCCUGCGGCUCUGCCCAAUCCCCCAGAGACUCCUCCUACAGCGGCUCCGCUGUCUGACCCUGUUCCUGUCCUCCCAGGCCUCCUGACCCUGUCUCGGCCCUGCGGCCGCCUCACAGGACUCCUGACGCAGUCACCACCUUGAGGUCAUCUCCUUGGUCUCCUUGGUCUCCUGGCCAUCCGCCUGAUCUGCUCUGGUCUCCCUGGUCUCCUGGCCAUCCGCCUAAUCUGCUCUGGUUUCCUUGGUCUCCUGGCCAUCCACCUGAUCUGCUCUGGUCUCCCUGGUCUCCUGGCUGCCUGCCUGAUCUGCUCUGGUCUACUUGGUCCUCCAAGCCUGCAGCGUUGCCCUGGCUCUCCAUCCCUCCGGCUCCGCCUUGGUUCCAAGCCUCCCUGACUUUGCCUUGUUCCUCUGCUCCCCUUUCCCUUUGUGCCUCCCUGAACUACCUGUUUUCCCCCACACCCCAUGGACAAUUUGGUUUUUUGUUUUGUUUUUGGAGCGUCUGGAAUCCGCUCCUUAAAAGGGGGGCUCUGUCACAUAUUCUCUGUUUUUGUGCUUUUAUUUUGAAAUUCUUGUUUAGUUCCUCAUUCCUGUUUCCUGUGAUUUUGUAGUCCUUUGUAGUUUUUUCAUGAUAGGUUCUCUCUGAUUGUUUCCCCAUGUGUUCCUUGUCUUCUCUUGUGUAUUUAAGCCCUUGUUUUGUUAAUAAAGCUGCGUUCAGAUCCUCAUUCCUCGCCUGCCUCGUCAAAUUUACAUAGACAAAGUGGUAGCGGUCAGAGAAAUAGGACCUAAACCAUGCUAAUGCCUGUCCUCAAAUGCCAACAUAAUUCUCAAGCUUAUUCAAAAGAAUGUCGUGAUCUAUGGUGUCUAAGGCAGCACUAAGAUCUAAAAGCACUAGAAGAGAAAUGCAGCGUCUAUAAUUAGCCAAUUCUCCUAGAUCAAGCUGUGGUUUCUUUAUAAGCAGUUUGAUAACUGCCAUUUUAAAGUUUCUUGGGACAUGCCCUAAGGAUAAUGAGGAGUUAAUAACAUUAAGAAGAGGUUAUGAGAUUACAGAAAACACCUCUUUUAGGAGUUUAGUCAGUAUUAAGUCUAACAUUCAUGUUGUUGAUUUUGAUGUUUUGAUUAUUUUUGUUAGCUCUUCCUGACCAAUAACAGCGAAGGAUUGAAGUUUCUCAUAAGGAAUGAUUUUAGUCUUCUGGGGUGCUGUGGCAGACGGAUGCAUAAUUCCAAUUUUGUUUCUGAUGAUUUCGAUUUUAUCAGUAAAUAAAUUCAAAAAGUCGUUAUGUAAGACUGGCACAAAAUUGUCUGCAUCACUUCCGGGAAAGUCAAAGAACUCUGCGAGAACCAAUGUCAUAAAACUCUCACACAGAGGAGCAUCUCCACCUGAGAAAAAACACCCCACUGAUUAGGGACCAUAAAACUCAAACCACACUCACAUCUGCUCUCUCUCUCACCUCAGGUCACUUUAAGGACACCAAAAAAUGAAGUUAUGACUUAUCCUGUUCUAUAAUGUAAAAGUUUUUUUAUCAUACAUGUUUGGUAUCAUUCAAGAGGUCUCAGUGCCACUGGUAAAAUGGUCUCAUUCCCUUUCAGCAAAGUCAAAUCACAAGUAAGAUUUAAGAACUUAGUACAAUACUGUAUUCUAUCAGGGGCAUGACCCCUCCUAGAUCCCAGAUUCAAGCUGAAUGUGUUACUAUGUCGGAUAUGUUUGUCUCUGAUAUGGCACACUGUGCUAUUUACCAUAUAGCUGCAGUUAAACCAUACAUAGUACAAAAUUCCAUGUGACUACCAGUAAUUUUACACUAUUACCAAACUCUCAGUGGUUUUACACAAUUAGCAUUAACCUUCAGUAACUUUAAAAAGACUGAAGAAAUUCAUUAGGCCUUUAAAAUUCAAGAACACUCUUUGCACCUUGCAUCACCUCUGACUCUGCCCAGCCCCCUUUUCAUAUUAAAAUAGUUUUGCAUGAGAAUACACCUAGUGACAUCUUAACUCAAGAAAAUGAGAAAAUUGCAUUCAAUGUCAUAUUGUAAUCGCAAAAGCUCUGCAGCUUGAGCAGAAAUAUGACCCAUGUAAGUAUGCGCUUGCAGUUCAUUGGAUGUGAACAACAAUAUGUCCAUCAAAGGCUUCCAGCCUGACUUGUUGCUGUGCACACACAUCUGAUACAGGGCCAAAUCAAAGUCAUGUAUUCUCAAAAGUGCAGUGAGAUGACAAAUAUCUCAUUCCAGAAAACCUCCAGAGACCAGUAAUAAAAUAUUUUAAUUUAUACAAUUUUUAAUAUAAUAUAAUAAUAUUAUAAUCACAUUAUAAUAUGCAUUAUAUUAUAAUGUCCAAACAUGGCCACAGACGGAGAAAGGUUAUGCAUGACAUGCUGAUGGAUAUACUACACAUGUAUAUUUGUAAUGACACUGCCAACCGAACAACCUUACAGGCCCUGAAAAAUGCUUGCAUUUGAAUUUCACUGGUUCGCUUAUCAGUGCCAAGAGGGAGGGUAUACGGUCAUUUUUUGCUGGGCAUCAAUGCUGUAAAGACAGUGGCACAUGAUAACGUACCAAAUCUUCUCUCACUGAGAAGCACCAAUUCAAACUAAAUCUGAUCAGGGGAACCAUUCUACUGUGUAGACAAUGAAAGAUGUGUGUGUAAAAUGCUAAACAUCAGGCAGAAAUUUCACAACCCUGACAGACCACAGAGAUCAUAGAUCAUAGAUGAUCAAACAUGUGAAUAGCACCCUUAAAAAAAUGCUAAGCAGACAACACAUCACCAAAAGAGGUGAACUGAUUCUUUGACCACAGAGCUUUGUUGAGAACAAUAAAAAAAAAAGAAGAAGAAGAAGAAAAAAGAAAGCUAUGGGCAUCAGCUCAUUUGAGCUAAUGAGUGGAAGGGUGAUUAAAAUACUCAGAAAGUUCCCCAGCAGAACUGGAGCCUAUAUUGCUCUCAACAUCAGACUCUCCAGGCUCAACUGCAAGAACAGCUUAAGGUGAUACACACUUCAAACUGCACUAAAAUAUCAGCAGUAAUUCAGAUCUCACCAAAGAUGCUCAGUCCAAUUUGAUCUCUGAAACUAAAGCAUUAGAUAUUGUAAUGGUACAUGUUUUUGUAAAGCAAAAUACAUCUUCUCCCUGAUGGCACAAACCAUACAGUAUGAGACUAAAGCUGUCUGUAACAGUUUGGCUUUGACCAUCAGAGGAAAAUAAACAAAAAAGUAACACGUCUAAAUGCAAAUUAUUUAAAGGUUCAACAUUAACUGUUUUCUCUCUGUGGUUGUUCCCAUUUCAGGUUGCAAUCUCGUGAGGGACAGAUGCCAAAAUGUUUCUGAUCCCCCUGCUUCAAGCCAGGACAACGGAUUGACCAUGCAGGGGAUGGGUGCGAAGGCAGUCUAAAGGGGCCAUUUACACCUCACAGCACUACACAAACAAAAAAUAGCUAUAUGGCCUCCUGGUUUAGCGCCGGAACCAAAUUGUGCAACACCAAUAGCUCUAGAACAGGUUCCAUCCAUCUCCCAGACAUGAACAUACAGAGCACACACUUUCAUCACUACACUCUCAUGACAUCUUUACCUGGUACAGACAGUAAAACUAGCCAGGCUCAACCACUACACAUCAUGGGACAAAAUAAUGGCCAAGAUUCCGAAAGUACUAAUCCACUGAAGAUCUGGCCUCCCUCUCACAAACACGACAUUACAAACCUGUUUCCAUUUAACAGUUAUAAUUAUGGCACACAUGACAUUCACUAUUUACAACUUCCCAACAACUUAUUUGAAACACUGUAAUGUACAUGGGACAUGUGCAUGGCUACAGUCACACAUCAAUGAUUUAAUUACUAAUUGCAAGCAAACUUGCCACCGAAAUUUUAACAUUUACACCUACGUAUAAAUAAAAACAAUUGAUUGUUGGUAGCAUGGUUGCAAACCAGAAAGCCCCUGGUUUUCAACACAUUACUAAUAACAAUGCAAAUGUAAUAAGAAGUGGAUGAUAUGAAGUGCAGACACUUCUGUCGAUCCACUACACACUUUGAAAAUAGACAUGCAUCAUCGAUUGUGACUUAGCCAGCAAAUCACACACAUUGGAUAACUUUGAAUUAGCACUGUGAUUAUUAUUAUAUAUGUUUGUAACUGUGAUUCUACAAUCAUAGAAUUAUAAUUAUUACUAUAUGCUUAAUGAUGCAUACCACUGGUGAAAAUACUAGUUAUACUUGUAGUAUGUUUCUUUUAAUUUAUUCAGACCAAGUAUCCACUGUAAUUAUGUAUACUGGUGAUGAAUGUUCAUAUUACCUUUGUUUCCUUGCCAUCUUUUUCUUUAAUCCAUCCAGAUCAUGUUUUCCAAAUUCAAAAUGGGAUCACCUUACUGGAUACAUGACCUUGAAGGGUACUGAGACCUUGUUUACCAGUCGCACAUGUUGUUAUGAAACUCAUAACUAUGUUGUUUGUACAUGUAACACCUUACAACCUUUUUCUCAUAACGACACUAAACUCAUAAAUGUUCAGUCAUUGCAUGGCCAUUCUGAUGCUGUCCAGGUGUCACAUACUCAGUGGUGUGUCGUCAAUGAGAUGAAUUCCUUCACUUAUGGAGGACUGACCUGUCCUGCCAAUCACUCCUUUGCUUGGAGGUAACAGAGGACUUUUCUAUGGGUCAGAUCAACAUCCUAGGGAGGAUACCACUGGACACUGAAGUUUCCCCAUGGUGGGAUGACACACUCUACGAGCACAGCGCACAAGCUGUGGCAGACACAAUGGACUUGGCACAAAGAAUGAUCCUGCAGAUGGAAUACUACCUCAACCAGGCACAGAUAGAUACAAAUCUGGCCAAAAAGACUGCACAGAUCCUCUCCAGUUCCUCUAAACACUCAGCACUGUAUUGCUAUUGCUGUAUUGUACUGCUAUUUCAGAUGCCUCAUCAGAUCCGUACGAACAUCAACCAACACAGCACUGGCCCUCAGCCCACUGCAUCUGCACAUGCUUCAACGACUAAGAUAAACAAUUUUUGACUAAGACCCAGCAGACAUUUUACAAUGACCCCACCUGGACAUUUCUGGAACUGUCCCUGGUGGGGGCCAAGCAGAGGAACUGCAAGACUGGCACAAAAUUGUCUGCAUCACUUCUGGGAAAGUCAAAGAUCUCUGCGAGAACCAACGUAAUAAAACUCUCACACAGAGGAGCAUCUCCACCUGAGAAAACACACCCCACUGAUUAGGGACCAUAAAACUCAAACCACACUCACAUCUGCUCUCUCUCUCACCUCAGGUCACUUUAAGGACACCAGAAAACUAAGUUAUGACUUAUCCUGUUCUGUAAUGUAAAAGGUUUUUUGAACAUACAUGUUUGGUUUCAUUCAAGAGGUCUCGGUGCAACUGGUAAAACAGUCUCAUUCCCUUGCAGCAAAGUCUAAUCACAAGUAAGAUUUAAGAACUUUAACUAUCAGGGGCAUGACCACUCCCAGAUCUCUCACAGAGACCGGAUGCUGUAUGCAGAUUAGGUGCAUUCUUUGUAAACAUCAAACGACCUACUCCUUCACAACUUUCAAAGGUCUACUCACAACUCCCUAAAUUGUAAACCAAAUCCUAAAUAACAUCAAACAUACACAUCUGAAACAACAAUAGAAUCGUUUUGUACUUAAAGAAGGAUGGCAGAGGAGCUCAAAGGCUCUGCAGCCAGAUGACCCACACAGAAAACAUUGUGUGUCGUUUUUUUAAAUCUACCAGGGAAUCUGUAUUCAGAUCUCCCACACAAUUGCUGUGUGUAAUAACUUAAAGGAAUCAAGGUCUCUGUAUCCAGAAGACCCACACAGAAAACAUUGUGUGUAGUUUUCUCUACCAUGUAUGCAAAUCUUAUUUCUUAUGUUUGGUAAAUGUUUAAAUGGAAUGCAACUUUAUUAUGCUUGGUUCACUGAUAGCUUUGAAUUUGAUUUAUUAUUUUAAUUGGAUUGUUUGAAUGUAUUACUAUUACUUGGUAAAAUAAUUUGUUAUAAUGAUUCAUUCUGAAGGAUGGAUUUUCGAUUAGCUGUUAAGAUGUUCGGAUUAGCCAGUUUGUCUGCUUCCUGACCUGGGCUCCAGUUAGUCAAAUACUAUCACUAUUAAGACGAUGAGCCAAAUUACUAGAGAGGAGAGUGGCACCUUCCCUGGAGGGAUGGAGUCCAUCUCUUUUUAGCAGGUCAGGUCUACCCCAAAAACUCUAACAAUUGUCUAUAAAUCCUUUGCUAUUCUUCGGACACCACUCAGACAUCCAGUCGUUCAGUGACUCUAAUCUACUAUAAACCUCGUCACCAUGAUGAGCAGGGAGGGGGCCAGAGCAUAUUACAGUGUCUGACAUCGUUUUUGCAAGUUCACACACCUCUUUAACAUUAUCUCUAGUGAUCUCCGACUGGCAAAGCUGGACAUCGUUAGUGCCGACAUGAAUAACAAUUUUAGAAAAUCUACAUUUAGCAUUAGCCAGCAUUUGUAAAUUUGAUCUGAUGUCAGAUGCUCUGACACUGGAAAUGCAUUUUACACAGCUUUAAAAGGGGCUUAUCCAAUCAGAGUUUAGAAUCUAAAAUGUCAGUUUUAUAAAUAUACAUGCAAAUGACAAACUUAAGUUAGUAGAAGGUUAAAUAUUCAUUAAUCAGUUUUACAAUGUUUUGAAUGAAAUUCUGCACACACACAAAUAAAAAAAAAUAAAUAUUUAUCCAAUUUGUCAAAAUCUGAAACCGUGAGAAAAAUUUUGUUUAUACUUGGCAAGAUAAUUGAAAGGCAGGUUUGGAUUUGUUCGGCAUUGAAUGGUUGUGGUCAAAGCUAAGCGCUCCCUAAAUCCAACAGCUCAAGUGUUCAGUGGGAAAGCUUUUCUUCUAUUGUAUGUAGUAAAUCAGGCUGAAAAUGUUGUAUAGAAGUGUGAAAUGGAUCUUGUAAAUAAUAUGUUAUGUCAAUUUUGUGAAAUAGAGUCAUUUGUUGUUUUCUAUGAAUGAGCAGCCUCUAUUUACCCAUUGUAUAAUGUAUUACCUAUAUGUACAGGUGCAUCUCAAUAAAUUAGAAUGUCGUGGAAAAGUUCAUUUAUUUCAGUAAUUCAACUCAAAUUGUGAAACUCGUGUAUUAAAUAAAUUCAGUGCACACAGAC